UCCAAACUCUCUAAAGGCGAUAAAGUUGUGCGCCGCGGCGCUUGUGUUGACCUUCCGCAGGUUUGUUGGGCCGGUUCGGUUCGGGGCUUGGUUUAACCGAGGAUGUGAGGGGUUGAGUCAGGAAGAUGUAGAAACAUCUGCUGCUGACGUCCCUGCGGUGCUUUCCUUUAUUUGCAGCUCCGCCGCGGAGCGUUUUAGUUCAGUGGAAGUUUUUAACAAAGUAAGAGCCGCUGCUGCUGCUGCUUCUAUCCGCUGCAUGAGCCUCUCCCCCCGGGCUUCUGACUGAAGGACAGCUGCGUUGGUGGAAAAUGUUGGGGACGUCGUCUGGCUGUCCCGCCGCGGAGGAGAGCCGUCUUCAGGGGAGGAGGCUGUGGGCUGCGGCCGCCGUGGUGGUGGCCUUGCUGGGCUUGUUUGCGGCGCCGGGCUGGGCGGAGGAAGCCGCGUGCCACGGAGCUUACGACCUCUACUUUGUUUUAGACAGGUCUUCAAGUGUUGCCAACGACUGGCAUGAGAUCUACUCCUUCGUGAAGAACCUUACCGACCGAUUUGUGAGCCCACAGAUGAGAGUCUCAUUCAUAGUUUUUUCGGGCAAAGCUGAGGUUCUGCUUCCUCUGACUGGAAACAGGAAUCAAAUUGAAAAAGGCCUGAGUGACUUGUCCGCCAUUUCGCCAGCAGGUGAAAUGUGA